AUGAAGACUCGCUUGAUGCAGUCAAGUCAAUCGCUAGCCCGAAGGGGCACGUCUUUGGUAGAUCCAAGGCGCCUUCAACCCAGAUGUCGACGUUUGUCCCUCCCCUGGCCCGCGUUUGCCAACCAACGAUAUACCUCCGCUCCGUCGCUCCGUCGCAUGGCCAGCCACGCAAAUGCAAACCCCCAGGGCAAGUCGCUGGGUCUGGGCGACUCCGAACCAUCGCAAGCAUUCCCCUUGUCCGGCUACUAUCAUGACAUCCUUUCGAACAGUUCGCCAUAUCAAGGGCAAGCAUCUACUUCGCGACCCGUUCCUCGACAAUCGACAGAGCAAUCAUCCCCUGCCGCUACGGUUGAGCCUCAAUCUCCACAGGACAAAAUGUCCAUUGUAUUCGGCACGCGACUAGCUGGUCCUGGUCGUUCUUCACGCUACGAUCCCGGGAACACGGCACCGGAAUCCACUUGGAAGACCGUGAACGGAGUGGCGAUUCCCCCACGACCCGAGGAGCCUGAUAAUUGCUGCAUGAGUGGCUGCGUUCAUUGCGUAUGGGAUGACUUUCGGGAUGACAUGGAAGAUUGGGCAGCACGACUCGAGCAGGCCAGGGCCAAAAACACCACCCCCAGUCCGGCGAAGGAGAUGCGUCAUACUCCCCGGCCGGAAGUCAAGUCUGCCAGUAUCAGCAUGGAUGACGAUGGUGGUGGCAGCGACACGAACUGGCCCAUCCCGGAUCAAACCGAGGAUGUCUUUGCCAACAUCCCAGUGGGAAUCCGAGAGUUCAUGAAGACGGAGAAGAGAUUGAAACAAAAACACCAGCAAGAGAGUGCCUCGCCCUGA